UUUCGUAAUGCCAUUUUUGCUUGUAAUAAAAAGGUUCUGCAUUUUGACCUAUCUUCGUGGUGACAUUAACGUCUCUAAUGUGAUCAAUGGCGCUGCUGGAAAAAACCAAAGUUGUGCUUCUGGCCUGUGGGUCUUUUAACCCCAUAACAAAUAUGCACCUGAGAAUGUUUGAACUGGCUCGAGACCAUCUGGAGGACACGGGACAGUAUCGAGUUGUGAGGGGCAUAAUCUCUCCGGUUGGAGAUGCCUAUAAGAAAAAGGGCUUGAUUGAAGCGUAUCAUCGAGUUGAAAUGGCCAGACUAGCCACAGAGAGCUCGGACUGGAUUAGGGUGGAUAACUGGGAGAGUCAGCAGAAUGAGUGGCUGGAGACUGCUAAAGUUAUACGGCACCAUCAUGCAGAACUUUUGACAGCAGACAAGAACAAUGAUGAUGUGGACUCUGUGAAGUUUGCAAAGAGGAGAAGAUUAGAAGAGACAGAAUGCUCAUAUGAAAAUACCUGCUGUAGUCAUACAAGAACAGACACUGCUCAGCUGAAGCUUCUUUGUGGUGCUGAUGUGCUGGAGUCCUUCGGAGUGCCUAACCUGUGGAAACAGGAGGAUAUAGAGGAGAUCGUGGGCCGUCACGGUUUGGUGUGCAUCACCAGGUGUGGCACAGAUGUAGACAAGUUCAUCCACCAGUCAGACCAACUGUGGAAACACCGUAAAAACAUCCAUGUGGUAAAGGAAUGGGUGACCAACGACAUCUCCGCAACCCACAUCCGACGGGCCCUGCGUAGGGGCCAGAGCAUCCGCUACCUGCUGCCUGACACAGUGGUCAACUACAUCCAGGAGCACUGUCUGUAUAACAUCGAGAGCGAACAGAGAAACGCAGACGUCGUUCUGGCCCCGCUGCAGAGAUACAGCAGUGGUACAGGCGAAUGAGGCAGCUGACUGUCGACUGGACACUCUCCUCCUGUACCACGAACAUUAACUCUAGCCUUGUUUGAGCCAAGCCAGAUGGAGAACAAAGUAACAUUAUGUCAUGUAAUGUGAAAUGGUUUACUGCCCGCGUACACCAAGACAUCGUGUUUUGUGUUUGUAUUUUAGUUGUCUUGGAGAGAGUGGUUUCUUCAACACAACCAAGAAUUUUAUGGUGG